UGUGACUUUUCUCCCACGGCAAUUCUAUCUGUCUAGUCCCUCCUCCCUCGUUUAAUCCAACAGAAAACAAUUUUCCGAGAAAAUAAUUAUUGAGUCAGAAGACGAGCAUAACAGAAUCUAGAACAUACAGACCGAUCAAUCAAACCUCUUUCCCCUUUACUUUCAUUCGAAAACCGGAGCUCUCCACGCCAUCUACCUCUGCGGUCCAAAACCAAAACCAGAAUCCUCUUGCAGCUUUUUUUUUUCUUGUUUGCUCCUCGUCUCUCUCAAUUCAAAUUAUAUUACAUAAAUUUUCUCCCCUUUUUCAUCCUCUGCUCCAUUCUGGUUUCCAGAUGGUCAACAGUCUUCUCCUAUAAGUAUGGGCGGCCUCCUCUCCAAAUACUCCCCACCCAGUCCCUCUUUCGGUGCAUGGAUUCAUCGAUUUUCUCUCUUCACCACUCGUCGCCAUUGAUCCUCUCCCUCGCUACCUCCUGCUCCAACAGUACUUGCUCCCUCGGGCUUUCUUCUCCUUCCGGCAGCUUCAGUUUUGGUCCUCGUCAUCUCGAUUUCAGUUCCGUGUCCCGGCGUCUCAUGGCGGCACCGUCACCAGCAGCGUCUGACAACAAGGCCACCACCGCCAACGGCGGCGUCGGCAAUGGCCUGUUCAAGCCGAAGAUCGUCAACGGCGAUUAUGGCUACGUUCUUGAAGAUGUUCCUCAUUUGACCGAUUACCUCCCCAAUCUUCCAACUCAUCCCAAUCCUCUGCAAGACAAUCCUGCCUACUCCGUCGUCAAGCAGUACUUUGUUGAUGUGGAUGAUACCGUCCCUCAAAGAAUUGUUGUUCAUAAGGAUAGCCCGAGGGGUGUCCAUUUCAGGCGUGCUGGACCACGCCAAAAGGUCUACUUCGAUUCGGACGAAGUCCAGGCUUGUAUUGUGACUUGUGGUGGUCUUUGCCCAGGACUCAAUACCGUAAUCAGAGAAAUUGUGUCCACCUUGUAUUCCAUGUAUGGCGUAAGGAAAGUGCUUGGGAUCGAUGGAGGAUACAGGGGCUUCUAUGCUCGAAACACGAUAGACCUGACGCUUAAGGUUGUGAAUGAUAUUCACAAACGUGGUGGAACCAUCCUUGGGACUUCACGAGGUGGUCAUGAUACCAAAAAGAUAGUUGACAGCAUUGAGGACCGGGGUAUUAAUCAGGUUUGUGAAAAAUUAUUCGUGGACCAGAUGGAACAGAUGGGUAUUAAUCAGGUGUAUAUUAUUGGAGGUGAUGGUACACAGAAAGGAGCUGCACUUAUAUAUGAGGAAGUUAGAAGGCGGGGGCUCAAAGUCGUCGUUGCUGGCAUUCCUAAAACAAUUGAUAAUGAUAUUCCGGUGAUCGACAAAUCAUUUGGCUUUGACACUGCUGUUGAGGAAGCUCAACGUGCUAUUAAUGCUGCACAUGUUGAAGCUGAAAGUGGAGAGAAUGGCAUUGGUCUUGUGAAGUUAAUGGGUCGUUAUAGUGGUUUUAUUGCCAUGUAUGCUACUCUUGCAAGUCGAGAUGUAGAUUGCUGCCUCAUUCCAGAAUCACCAUUCUUCCUGAAAGGGGAAGGUGGUCUUUUAGAGUUCGUUGAGAAACGUCUAAAGGAAAGUGGGCACAUGGUUAUUGUGGUAGCUGAAGGUGCUGGGCAAGAGCUCAUUUCUGAGACUAAAUCAAUGACAGACGCUUCAGGAAAUAAGCUUCUCCAAGACGUUGGGCUGUGGUUAUCACAGAAUAUCAAGGAUCAUCUAAAAGCACAGAAGAUGUCCAUAAACCUCAAAUAUAUAGAUCCCACUUACAUGAUUCGUGCUAUUCCAAGCAAUGCAUCUGACAAUGUUUACUGUACACUACUCGCUCAGAGUUGUGUUCAUGGAGCAAUGGCUGGGUACACAGGCUAUACAUCUGGUCUUGUAAAUGGCCGACAAACAUACAUACCUUUCUACAGAAUCAUCGAGACACAGAACAAGGUGGUGAUAACAGACAGAAUGUGGGCUAGGCUUCUGUCAUCAACAAAUCAACCAAGCUUUAUGUGUCCUAAACUGGUGGCAGAGAAGAGGAAGGAAAUGCAGAUGGCGACGGAGGCACAACCUUCCGGACAGUUGAUGGAUGAUGGGAACACUGGCGCUGAUAAGAAGGCGGCAAACAAAGAGGUCAGGGCGUGACUGAGAUUCCCCCCCAAAAAAAAGUAAAGAACCCCAUAAUACUCAUUUAUAGAAUUUUAACCAACAUUGCUUAGGCUGCAGUUGUUGUGUUUUUUGCCCCAUCUCUCCUUCUUCCACUGUUUGGUACCCGCCUUUUUUUUUUGGUUCAGUAGUUCCCACUAGUUCUUCAGUAAUCCUCAGAGUCCUACAUUCCACAUCAAAGUGAGUAAAGUAAGAAGGUGUAGAUUGAUCUCUGAGAAAGCUUUACAUGUUGAACAUAGUCAGCUAUUGAGAUGAUCAAUGAGGGUGAUUAGCUCAUGAUUUUGUGAGGUGUAAUGUAUACUGCAACGAGACUUGGAUUGAAUGCAUAUAGUUAAGCUGUUAAUGCAAUAAUAAAGUGAACACAUGUAUGAUGGAAGUUAUGAUGAACUUCCAUAUGUUUUUUGAUCCCUGGCUGUUGUGGUACACAUGUAAUUGAGAUUCUGAUACUGGUAGGACUAGGGGGAAAACUCGGUCCUGGAAUUUCCGGUGACCGGACACAUGGAGAGAAGCCAGUGGAAACUAACUGGGAACCCAUGUUACAACCGUAGGGGCCGGAGGGAAGCCGCGAUGGGUAUGUUCUGGAUUUAGAAGCCUUGAUGUGUAUAUGGAUCUAGAAAGCAGAAAUUUGGUACCCACUUGCUUGCUGCUCCAUGCUGUAGUUUGUUCUCAGAGGGGUGCUGUCUUGGCAACAAUGGCAAGGUACAUAAACAGAGUUGCUAUUUCUUCUGCUGGAUAAUUUGUUGCAGAAUAUAAGUCUGCUCUGUUAGAGGAAGACCCUUGUGGUGGUGAAAGGCUUCUUUUUGGUUUGGUUUACAUAUCCAGAUUUCCCCAUCCACGUAGUACGACUAUGCAAAUUGGCCAAUUUCGUGGGUUGCAUUUUUUGUUCUGUAAUAGCACAAUUGCACAAUAUGGUGAAGUGAUUUAUGUUAUUACUUAUUAUAGAUUAAAUGUAUUAAAUUUAUAAAAGC